GGGCGGGCCUUGUCCAGGUGAUCCGGGAAGGAGGUGGCCGCGGGCGAGUUACCUAAGCGUUCCUUGGAGGCGAAGGUCCGUAAGGUGGUGCAACGGUCUCUUCUUCCAGGGUCCUUCCUUUAGCGCCCUUCCCCUGGUCUCAAGCACCUUGCUUCGGAGGCCUCCCAUUUUAACCCCCCGUUUUAAAGGGGUCCACAUCUGCCGUCCCUCCGCCUAGACUAGAGCGAGUCUGGCUGGACUUUGCCUCCGAAAGUUUCCUCUUUGGCGAGAAGGAGGAUCCAGACUCUGGUACUAUAUUAUAUGGCAACAGGAGGAUGCCAGAGGGGGUAGCGAGCAAUCUGGGGGUUGCUGUCUAAAAAAGGGGGGUGCGUCUUGUUCGUCAAGAAUAUAAAAAGGAUUGGAAAACGUUUGUAGAGUAUUUAAAAAAAAAAACCAGUAUAAACGAGUGAACAGAUGAGCAGGACUUGAAUAAAUUCAGCAGUAUAAGAGGAAGUCAGAGAAAAUUAGUAAGAGUAGAGUAGAACUUGGGGACUUAGAAGAGACGGGAAAGAAAGGACACCAGAGAAUGUCUUAAGUUGUCUCCUUAUUUGGUUGUGGUUUUGCUUUCAUUUUUUGCUUUCCUUUUAAUUUGUAGUUAUUCUUUUAGAACUACAUGUAAAUAAAGUUACUAAAAAAGAGGGGUGCAGGACAGUCUGCAAGUUUCACGUUUGGAAAGAGUUCUAGGUGGCACUCGUCACAUGAUACGAGGCACUCUUUUUCCCCCCUCCCCUGACCCAGCACUGGAGUUUGGUAUUGGAAACCUCUGCAAGAGCUGACUGCGUUUCCAGAUAUAUGCGGGGUUGCAGCCUUUAGGCUGGAAGUGCAUCCACUACAACUGCGGAGUAACUCUUCAAGUUACUAUUCAAGCCUUUAGCUCAGGUGGUAGAGCAUAAGGUUCUUAAUCCCAGGGUUGUGUGUUCGAGCCCCACAUUGGGCAGAAAAUUUCCUGUAUUGCAGGGGGUUGGACUAGAUGACCCUGGUGUUCUCUUGCAACACUAUGGUUCUGUGAUUUUCUUCGGGGUGUACAAACAGCUAGCUAUCACCUCCCUCUCCUGGUGACUGUGCACAUUUGUGAACCGGUUUAAUGAAAACAGAAAAUGGAAGAGUUCUGUUUUUAUAUGGAUUGUGCAACCUUACACUAUUAGGCCCUAUUAGGUGGCACAAGUUAAAAACAAAACAUGUUGAGUGUGCUAAAGAGAAAGUGCUUGCCAAGUGAGCCCUAGAAAAGUCUCUACUGCUGGUGGUGGUGGUAUAAGCUGAGGAAAGCUUAUGAGUUACAGUUCUGAGUUGUUUUUUUCUGCAAACAGCCUGAAUGGCUUUCCUGAAAAUCAUUUGAGGAUGAGAGUUGUCCCAGUUACAUUUAGCCAUUCCCAUUAUAUUGUCCUCAGUAUAUAUUGCAAUAUAAUAUUAAACCAGAUCAACACACUGUAUACCCUGUUCAUGUUUUUAAAACUUUGUUCACAGAAAAUGCAAGACAUUCAAGGGAAUCCAAAGCAACAGUUGAUUUCUGAGCUUCACAAUUUUGCUGCUGUGGGAGACAAGACCAGGCUUGCAACAUUGCUCAGUCAUUCUCCCUCGCUUAUCAAUGAAACUGGGAAGAAUGGUUGGACAGCCCUGAUGUAUGCUACUAGAAAUGGGCACUUCGAGACCGUGCAGGCUCUGCUUGAAAAGGGGUGAGAAAAACACAGCCAACUAAUUUAUUCAAAUUGUCUAAAUAUAUUUGCUGCCGUGUUGCACAACACAGCAGAAUGAUUAUAUGGGGAUUAUAUGGGAAAACGGAAAUUGCUUAUCUUCGUAGUUUUAAUCCUGAUAGAGCAAUACAGACUCCUGAAUUUGGGGCUAACAUUAACAUUGGAAUACAAAAGUAAAUCAAAUCAAAUCCUCUUUUAUUUCAAACUCUCUUAUUCUAUGAAUAUCAUGUACACAGAGAUGCUUCCAUUGAUCAUUUUGAAGCCCGGGGCAGGGGCUGGGGAGGUUAAUUGUGCUAGCCACCAUUUCUUGAAUUGAUAAGAUUCACAAAGUAAUAACUUUUUGCAAGAGAAUUGGUGUAUUUUGAGAGCAGGGUUUCCCAAACUGUGGUCCAAAGAUACCAGUGGUGGGGGCCCGUCAUUCAGGGGGCCCACAAUGUGUCUAGGAGUGGAAGCAACAGCUGUAAACAGUGGGUGCAGUGCAUUAAGUAUUCAUAUUGAUUGUUAAUUGUAUCUUAAUAGAUUCUUUCAUUUCUUACAUCAAAUGCUAUUAUUGUUGUAUGUUAUGUUGUAUCCUAUGAAAUUCAAAUUAUAAUGCAUUAAAAUACAAUACAGGCACACACACCCUCCAAACUUAUGCACAUUCCACUUGUUUGCGACAGCAUUUAUGUGGGUUGCCACAAAAUAAAUGAAUCAAUUGAGUGGCCCUCCCUCGCUCAGAGCUGCUGCCCAGAAGUGAGCGAGGGAAGGUGCAUUGUGCAGUGGUUUUAUGGUACCUUAUAUGUUGUGAAGUUCUAUAUAAAAAUGUUGGUUAUAUUAAGGUAUGCUAACAAUUUUUCAUUUUUUUUAUUUUAUCUUUUUGAAAUAAGGUGUGACAAGUCCAUGACCAAUGCAUCCAACCAGACAGCACUGGACAUUGCUAAAUUUUGGGGGUAUAAGAAUAUAGCUAAUUUAUUAGCUAAUGUGAAGAGUGGACUGGAGCCAUUUUUCCUGACCAGUGAAAUUGGAGAGCGCGAAAUCUAUUUUUGCAGGACAUUGCUCGAUAGGAAGAGUGAGAAGAGAACAGAUGCUAAAUGGUUGAACAUAAAACAGAAGCAGCCAACUACUGUAUACAUCCUUUUUUCAAAUUUAAGUCCAUUAGUUGCAUCAGAUGAUGGUGAAGAUACCUCCCAGUAUCCAAAAAUUAAACUCCAUAAGCUUUCUUACAAGGAUGUAAAGGAAUACCUGGAGCAGCCAGAAACCAUCACGUUAAUUUUUCUUGGAGUAGAACUUCAGGUGAGAGGCAGCUUGCUUCCUACUCUGAAGGGCAAAGAGGCAAGCAAAGGUGAAGACGAUAGUUUGGUUGCUUGGUUUGCACUCAGUAUGGAUGCUACUGCCGCCGAUAGAUUUAUACAGAAGCAUCAAGAGUGUUAUUUUCUUCAUCCACCUAUGCCUUCCUUGCUGCAAUUGUCUGAAAAUGAAGCUGGUAAGAUCCCUAAGUGUUUCUCCUUUUAGUCAAAAAAUAAAUAAAAAAUUGUCCAGUAACACCUUAGAGACCAACUAAGUUUGUUCUGGGUAUAAGCUUUCGUGUGCAUGCACACUUCUUCAGAUAUUUAUUUCGAGUGCGUUAGACCAACACGGCUACCUACCUGUCUCUUUUUAGUGCUGGGAGAAAACUGGUUGGUUUUAUUUAUCCUUUUCAGUUCUCAUUCCUAGCAAGGUUUUUCUGCAUUCAAUUUGUAUUGUGGGUUACUGCUUACUGGAUUGCCUGUAUUGAGCAUAAUUCUUCAGCGAAAACCAUAGUAUUGUUCUAGGAAUAAGGUUAUCACAGUCACUGCCGCGGAUACAGCUUGAUGUGUCUUGCUUGCCCUUCUUGUCCCCUUUCUUUCCUUGUUCUCUACUGCUGCUCCUCAAGAUGCAGCUGUAUUUUGUUUCUUGGCUAAAGAAAGUUAGGGCUGAUUUUCCAUUGCCCUUGUCUGCUGUCUCUCACAGAAGCAUUCUGGUUACGUGAACCGCAACCUCAUGGGUCUUUAGCUUGGCUGUUUUGAAGAUCAGGAACAUUUCAAUGAUACAGAAACCAUGCUGUGGUUGAGCUUUCAAGGCUGUCAUCUCACACCGUACUUUUGAUGUAGUAAAUCGCCCCCAUAUGUAAAGACCCAAAGUGGCCAAAAGUAACACAGUAUUAGAACGAGAACUUCUGUAUCAGCUUUAAUAGCAUAACAUGAAACGGUUCUUCUGUUGAUUUUCAUGGUGAACUGGAAUGCUGAUGUUGCAAUCUGUGCUGUAGAAAGAUCCCUGCAUGUUUAUUAUUUGCACUUUGUGGUCGCUUUUUUAAGGAGUCAUCGCCCAGGCUAGAUCUGUCCUGGCAUGGGAUAGCCGGUAUCAGUUCUGCCCAACAUGCGGCAGCACAACCAAAUUAGAAGAUGGAGGCUACAAGAAAUCCUGCUUAAAGGAAGACUGUCUCAGCCAUCAGGGCAUUCACAACACAUGCUACCCACGAGUCGGUAAGAGAAAUGCAAAUACGUUGCUUUCUCCCCAAUAGCGGUGCAAGGAUUUCAGGGCAGCCCACUGUAGUUCUUUGCAAUCUGAACUUAUUAUCUAGUUGAAACCAACCUAGCAAAACUGCACAUGCUGAAAGGGAGAAGGAAGGGACUGUGGCCAGCUAGAAUAAUCACAUAAAAACAUUGGUUCCUUGUUUAUUUUUUUUUGUAUUAAAAACAGACCGUGCGUGACAGCUAGUAUUAAUCAUCCCUGGAGUAGAUCCAUUGAAAUAAGUGGUCUUAAGUUCACUGAUACCAAUGGAUCUAUUCCAAGGAUGACUUAGCUGGCCAUCCUAUUCCUGUCAACUUGCACGCAAAACAUAUUCUAGUAUAGAUAUUCUUUUAAAAGUUUUUAUCUGAUCUUUUGCAUGCAUAGUCUGACGUUGCUUCCACACUGCUUUAUUGCAAUCUUCCCUUUCCUCUCAUAGGAUGUCUUUUUUGUUGUUGUUUUUAAUCGUUUGUUAUUUAUUUUGCCCUCACAAUCUUGACUGAUAUUACCAGUUCUGUAAUAUUCACAGAGAAAGUUAGUUGGAUGUGGUAUUAAGUGGUUCUUCAGAAGCUUACACAAAGGGAGCUGUGAACAGGAGGAGACAUACAAGACCGCUGAGCCAACAGCUGGUGUUUCUAGUGACAUUUCCUUAACAAAACUAGAAGUCAGCAAGAUUUGAAACCUUUGCUGGAUGCCUUGCAGCAUAUACAUUUUCCACAGGUCAUCAGUCUUUGAAACGUAUUUACCUAAUGGGAUUGUCAUAUCCGUCAUUUUGACAGCAAGGAAACGGUAUAGGUUGAACAGCCAACAGAAAGGGGAGAAUGCAGCAAGAAGGUUGAAUAUCAAAGUGCAAAAGGAUUGGCUUGAUAUUUAAAAGAUGGUGCUCAGUUUGUUUAAAAGCAGAGUCACAGAACAGUUAUGAACAACAAAGCAACAGAUGAAAAACUUGAAUGAAACCAUCAAAUGGUGGUCAGGCCAAAGCCCUCUGAUUUCCCCCCCCAAUCAAUGAUAGUUUGACAUCAGAGAAGAGGACAAAUGAGAAUCAUUUUAUAACAAUUCACACCAAAAUAUAGACAAGAGUCACAGGGUCCAUUCAGAUGCAAAAUCAAACUAUAGUGUUAGUUUUUGGGAAUGAGCAGGCAUAAACCUCAGACUCAUAUCCUCCCUCACACACUCAGAGAAGUAUGUUUUGUACAAACUAGCAGUGCAAACCAUGGCCAUCACCUGAGGGAUGCCUUAGUAGGGUUGGGGCCGUCAGAAAAUUGUAAGGACUUUUCAAUGUACUUUUGUUGUUACUGUUAUCAUUUACAUUUAUACCCCAAUUUUCCUCCAAGGAGCUCAAGGUGACGUACAUAGUUCUCCCGACGUCAUCCUCACAACAACCCUGUGAUGUAGGUUAGAUUGAGAGUGAGUGACCUAAGGUCACCCAGUGAAAACACACACUGGAGAAGAUUAUUCUAUUCCAGAAAGGGACCCUGGAAUAGAUAAUUGAGAGAAGACAGAAGAGAAUCCUGAAGCAUAAGAGAGAAUCCUGUAUCCAACAGGACCUGGAAAACUUGCUGUCAUGACACCGCUCUGCAGGAAGCUGAAUCUGACUGUACUUUGAAUUGUGCACUGCACUUGAAAAUGUAUUCCACCGGACCAUUAAUCUGUGACUGAAGCUGAAGGCAAGAAUUGUUGCUGAUUAGGUCACUGCUUUCUGUCGAGUGUGCAACUAGGUCAUUUACUCCAGUAUUUAUACCAAACGCAUACUGCAGCUCAGGGUAAUUUAUCUCCCAAGUUCACUGUUGGUCUAGGCAGGUAUAUUCCCGCAAGACAUUUGUGUUACAAAAAACAGGUGAAUAAGUAUUUUUAAGGAACCUGCAUUAAGAUUACCGUCUAGGGGGCUUGGAGAGAAUUGGAUUUCAGGCUUUUAAAGGAGAUGGUAAUGCCGAGUGAGAAUGAGCACACUUAUGUUCUUUCUUGCUGUCUUUUGAAACAGUUUAAAUUUGAAUACAUUUCUCUCACUUGAAUUCUAGAUCCCGUAGUGAUAAUGCAAGUUAUUCAUCCAGAUGGUAACCACUGCCUUUUGGGAAGAAAAAAAAGAUUUCCUUCAGGCAUGUUUAGUUGCCUUGCUGGAUUUAUAGAGCCUGGUGAGUUCUCUUUGUAUAUAUUGUUUCUUUCCUUUAUUUCCAUCCCAGAUGUUAAAUAUAAAACAACUCCUUUGCCCUUUGAUUUCUGAUUUUGAACUUUGGCCUGCAGCAAACCAUAUUACUGUGUAUAGGGAUACCAAGAAAUCUCUUAGGUUUAUUUUAAUAAUUCACUAAUUUGUAUACUCUGGCUGGUUCUGAAGUUGUGUAAGCAGACUGGUGUGAUUUUUGUCCCUUUCUCCUGUAGCUUCUGGCAUCCCCAAAGAGAAAAAAUAACCAAUUUCCCCGGGACUUUGGAACCCCUUCUGUGAAAGACUCCUUCCACAGAGGGGCUGCCAUGGAACUAAUAAUCCAUUGUCAGUUUUGGGGGAUGUCAAUUCUGCUUUCUUGUAACAUACAUUGUGGUCAUUAAGUCUUUUUAUGCCUACAUAUGUCUUAUGUGCCUUGAAAAGUGAAGGCCACAUGACAUCCAAGAUGUGCUCCAGGACUGCAGCGAAAUAGUUCUAAGGAUAUAACUGCACAUGACUCUAAAGGCAUAGUGAAAAGGUAAAGGACCCCUGGACAGUUAAGUCCAGUCAAAGGCGACUGGGGUGCGGUGCUCAUCUUGCUUCAGGCCGAGGGAGCCAGUGUUUGUCCACAGACAGCUUUCUGGGUCAUAUGGCCAGCAUGACUAAACUGCUUCUGGCGCAGCAGAACACGAUGACGGAAACCAGAGUGCACGGAAACACUGUUUACCUUCCUGCCGCAGCAGUACUUAUUUAUCUACUUGCACUGGCAUGCUUUCAAACUGCUAGGUUGGCAGAAGCUGGGACAGAGCAAUGGGAGCUCACCCCAUUGCAGGGAUUUGGACCGCUGACCUUCUGAUCGGCAAGCCCAAGAGGCUCAGUGGUUUAGACCACAGCGCCACCCGCCUUAUCCCUAAAAGCAUGAUGUCAGGGUGGCUGUUCUAGAUGCAUUUUUGUUGGAAAUAUUGCCUGCCUUUUAUUUGUGAUACUUCUGAUUUGUGUUCUGAUCUGUGCAGAAAGUUUCAGAUCUUUUGAGAUGCUAUAAAGCACAGGAUGUGAUUCUAGCUUGGAGCUUUGUCAGUUAACUGUUCUUUCCUUUCUUUGAUUAGGUGAGACAAUUGAAAAUGCUGUUCGAAGAGAAGUAGAGGAGGAAAGUGGAGUUAAAGUGGGCCAUGUUCAGUAUGUCUCUUGUCAACCAUGGCCAAUGCCUUCGUCCCUAAUGAUUGGCUGCAUAGCGGCAGCAGUGUCUACAGAAAUUAAAGUUGACAACAUUGAAAUAGAAGAUGCCCGCUGGUUCAGUAGAGAAGAGGUAAAGUUCAAUUUAAUUUCCUUUCUUAUUGAUUGCCCUCUGACUGUAUUGGUUAGAGCAUGCAGUAUGGAUAUGCUUUUUUCCCCAGGCAGACAAAAGAGUCCUCGUACUCUCCUUAUUGUACAGUGAUUACGUUGAAAUUGAAAAUUAUGUGUUGCUAAAAGAAUUGGUAUAGACAAUUGUUUGUGUAUUGAGCCCAUAGAUCUUUCCAGUAAGUUACAUAGACAAAUUUCAUAAACAAGCUCUAGAAGUCCUAUAGACAUAGGAAUCAUCCUGAUUUGGCUUUACCGUUUGUGCCAUCCUGCUACUAAUAGAGAUGAAAAUAGAAGAGGUGAUCCUCUUUUUAUAAUAAUAGCUUCCAUUUGUAUAAAAGUAUUCAGACUCUCAACUUUCAGGAUAAUAUACCACUAAAAAGUUGAAUCAUAGAGUGACAUGGUUCCUAUUUCCUCCCUGUCAUUGCUUUUUAACAUUUGGCUGUUUUCAUUUCCAACAAUCAUAAUUUAAGGGGCAGAUCAGAUAAAUGAAAUUCAGAGACCACCCAGCUGCCCUUUGCUUAUACUCACUGAAAAACAAAGUGUAAUCGGCAAACGUGUCGGAUUACAUACAUACACUGAGGCCUAGGAUAUAUUAGUGUCUUUGAUAUUUUCUAGAAAAGGUCAUGGAGCGUGCGUGUGGUUUUUCUCCCACAGGUUUAGUCAUACAUUCAGCAGAGGGAAAUAGUAAACGAUUAAUUGCACAAGGAGGAGUGAGCUCAAAUACUUUAUGAAACAAAUUGGGGCUAGCCCAGUUGCACAUCUCUUCUGUAAAGCAAUUGGCUGCUAGCCAUAAAAUCCUUCAUAUAGUGGAUCAUUAACCUGAUGAACUACGCAAAUUUCUUUGCUGGAUUUAACUUGCUCAAAUAUGAUAUUUUGUAUAUUUCAGGUUUUGGGAAUUCUGAACAAAAGGAACCAGAGUGCGUUCUUUGUGCCACCACAUCAAGCCAUUGCACACCAGUUGAUAAAGCACUGGAUUGGAAUGAACGCUAAUCUUUAAAUCCAGCGAGCUGAUUUAUCUGUCUUGUAUCACUGCUGUAGCUGCUACUGUGUUGGAAUUAAACUAGAUGUAAUUAAUCAUUCAGCAUCACAUGUGACCAUUUUAGGGAUUUUGCAGUACAGUUGUGCAUGUGUACUUUCUUUGAGUACAGAGGUCAUUGCUCCCUGGUAAAACGUGUUAGGAUUGCAACCUCAAUCUUUUAGUCUCCAGAACAUAUUUGUGCAUACGGUUCAUUUCUCAAAUCGCUCAAGGUCUAACAUUGCCUAAAGUCGGGGAUGAGAGAGGACCUUUUCAAAUGUAACUUCCCAGCUGAAAGUUGCAUUCGCUUCCAACUGGUUACUCUUGAUUUUACAGAGUUUACUUACACCUCUCUGAUUUUAGCUUUCCCGGGCUGUUGCUUCAGGCUAUGAUACAGUUACAGCCUAAAUCAUUCUACCUAAAGGCAUUCAGCCAUUUCUCAAAACCAGAGCAGAAGAAAAUAAGCUUUCUCUGGGCUGAAAAAACGGAUUGCAAAGAGCUAAUGCUUUUGUGUCCUGGAGCAGGCUCUUGAGCCUAACACGUGGAUACCUGUAUUUCAGGGACUUUUUUGCUUUGCAGACGAGCCAUUAGGAUAGAGGAAGACUGGGAGGGAUAUCUACUAGAAGCAGGUAUUCUAAGGCCUCUGUAUCCCUCAGCCACAGGCUGCUGCAAAAGCCACUUUUAAAUAAUUGGAGGACAGUGCCUUAUGAUUUUUCCACAUAAAUAUAAACCUCUUCAUUCCUAUGAUAGACCCCAAUGAAACAGUUAUCCUGCUGUACUUCGGUUGCCGGAGCCUCAUUUGCCCAAAUGGUACACCAAAUCCAAUAUGGACAGUAAGUAAGCUUGACAUUUGAGUAAGUGAGGCUAUACAUUGUGCUUCAUCACCCCUUGAAUACUCUGCUGAAAGCUUAUGCCGCACUCAAUUUCCUUAUUUGUAGUUUGCCACAAAAGUAUUUGCUGUUGGUGUUUUAUUGUGAUACAGUCUUAUUAAAUAUAUUUUGCCUAAGAUGCUGCUUAAGUUUGUCGUAACUUUGUUUUUAAAAAUAAGAAUUAACGCAAGGGAAUAAAACCCCUGGCCUUAUCUUUCUCUCCCCCCUCAGUCUGUUAAAACACGUGAAGGAAAAAAGGUGGGUGCCAAUAGGCUGAUUAAAGGUAGGCCAUUCUUGAAGCUCUAUGGAAUUAAAUAUACUAAUCAGAUUCUGAGCUUAUGGGACAAAAAUAGCAAUGGAAAGAAGUAGACCAGGCCAAUGACACUUAACAAGACUGUCUCAUCUCUUCACUUUGUUUGGAUGCCAAUUUUUGUUUAAACCUCCUUGGAAAACUAGGGAGACUUUAUAUAGAAUUUGCUCAGGUAAGUUGCUUUUCUUGUUCUUGCUACACCACUGACAAUAAACUAUAUGCUUUUUCUCCCUCACCAGUCAGGCGGCUAGAGGAAUUCACUUGUGCUGUUAUUACUGACCCAAGUUUUACAGUAAAAAAAAAAAAAGGAAUAAGGAAAAGGAGAAGAGAAGAGACAGUGGGGGAAAGGGGGUUGAAUAAUAAACCCCAAUAAGUUUCCUAGUAGAUCCACAUAGUGACCUUCUUAAUGCAACAACUGAAUCAUAACUUGGCGGUAGAGUAUUUGCUUUGCAUCUCUGCUGCCUGCUUUAACAAAUGGGAAUCAUAUCUAAGGAAAAUAUUUAGCUCCUAGUCUCUGUAAGUAUUUCUCUUUGUGUAUCACUAGCCAAAUGUCAGCCAGAUCUGAUGCAACAAUAUAAUUCUGUUAAUUCACCAUGUUUGCUCCUAUGAAAUGCAAACAUUUGUCUAAUUUUCCACGAUGAGAAAAUCAGCUCCUCUUAGCCAUGAAGAAAAUUGCUUUUGAACAAAUAACUUUCAAUUCUAAAGUAGCACAUUUGCAUUGAAGUAAGUCCAAUUGAAUUCAGUCCAAUUUAUUUCUGGGUAGAACUGCAUAGGAUUGUACUGUUAAAAUUAGUUCUAGGUUUUUAAGUGUGUUUUUUUAAAUUACUAUUUUUUUUUACUCAGCAAGUUCAAGCCUAACCCAGUUUCUUUGCUGCAGAUCUUAUUAAAUACAAUGCUGUUUACUUCUGUG